AUGGAUAUGACACCACCCACUCGAUCUGCACAAAGACACCUUGCAGAUAUCGGAACACAACGAUUGCGGGGUAAGACGUCCUCUCGAAGCCCCAAAAGAAGGAUCAACACUGAUCGAAGAAGUGGACGAAGCACUACCACAAGUCGGCCUUCUUCCGACGCAAGUCCUCCAAAUAAAGAUUGGAUCGACGAAAGGAUUCAACGGCAAGAUGCAAUCGUGAGGAUGGCCGUUCAACUACGAAAAGAAUCGUCCUCAAGAGACGACCGAAGAAGUACUACUGGUGCGGGUAGCAAAGCUGCUGCCAAAGGAACUUUCCGACUCAUGAAAACGACACCCCGAAGAAGCAAAAGUCUUGACCAGGACGAAGAUUGGUACGAUAGCUCCAAACUAGACGACCGAGAACGAGUUCGAUGUUCGUUGAUCGAACGGGUUGCUUCGUAUGUGGAUGAUAGCAGUGUUGCUGGAUUGUCCUUGUCAUCAACCUCCUCGUCUAGCAUCAAGUCCACACAGUCGGGCCUUGCCUUGAUCGACGUGGUCCUUUCAUCCCAAAAGAACUCUACUUGGGACAUCUAA